AUGGCGGACGAGGAUAAUAAUUGUGAUGACGGUGGUGGUGAGAUGAAGAUCAAUCAGGCAUUCCGCCUAAGGGGCCGUAAAGGUGCUUUGAAAAAGAAGAAUGUUUACCUGGUGAAAGAUCAUAAGUUUAUGCCGAGGUUCUUCAAGCAGCCUACGUUCUGCAGCCACUGCAAGGACUUUAUAUGGUUUUAA